AGCUUCCCAGUGAUUGCUAUAAUAAUAUAUGACAUUAGUGGGCUGUGUGUCUGAUUGAGACUCCCCAAGCUGUGUGUUCUGAGGGAGGAGGAGGAAGACCAGCAGUAGAAGAAGGAGGAGGAAGGAGAGGGAGAGAGGGAGAGUGGCACUGAGAAAUCCUCAUACUCUCUCAGCAUUUGACCCCACACCAAACUCCAGCACCCACGUCUCCCUGUCUGCUCUUCACCCACACCUGAAGGGCAGCAUGGAUCUCAAGGAAGGGGAUGUGGUAGGCAAGGGCACCUCUGCCAGCGGGGUGGUGGUACAAGUCAGAGAGAAGAAGGGACCCCUGAGAGCUGCCAUCCCUUAUAUGCCAUUCCCAGUGGCUGUCAUCUGCCUUUUCCUCAAUACUUUUGUGCCAGGGCUGGGGACGUUUGUAUCCGCGUUCACCGUGCUGUGCGGAGCCAGGACAGACCUCCCCGACCGACACAUAUGCUGCGUCUUUUGGCUGAAUAUAGCUGCUGCCCUCAUACAGAUCCUCACAGCUAUUGUCAUGGUUGGCUGGAUCAUGAGCAUAUUCUGGGGAAUGGACAUGGUCAUCCUGGCAAUAUCACAAGGUUACAAAGAACAAGGAAUUCCGCAACAGCUGUAGGCAUGGCGACACAAUGCGCAAAGUGCAUAAAGACAUUUUCCAGCAUCUUUGGAGGAAGAGUUUUGAAAAAACAGAGGAAAGUAUAUGAAGAAAAAAUAGGUGGAGACUGAGAAGUGAAUGUGGCUUACAAUGUACAGACAAACACUCCGGUCCAGCAGAGGACCAAGCUCCCACAAUAACAUAGUCCAUAUACAUUCUUUGAUUGAUCUGGAAACCAAAUUCUGUGAGGGGUCAAAAAGCACAAAGAAAAAUGGAAAUACCAUAUAAGCGCUCAAACCCCGAUCUCAUUCCGGCUACAGAGAGCCACAGAAGAACUUUAUCUGUGUCAUCAGUGAACUUACAAAAUGUCUUUCUAUGGUUACUUGAAAUUCCUUUUCUAUUUACGGCAUUUUAUGGAAGAAGGGAAUAUUCACUGUUAAAUGGAACUUUAUUGUAUGUUAUGGUUAGUUAUUCCAGUUCCCAUGAAAGCAGAAUCGCCUUAUAUCCUCCUACUGGCCAAACUUUAUAGAAUUUUUUUUCCCCUAGAAAAAUUACAUAGGUUAAAAGUUAUUCACGUUGUUAGUUAUGACAUAAGUUUGCUUGCUCCGAGUUCUCCUUUAAGAGGUAUGAUUGGUAAAUCAGGAGAGGAGUAAUUAUUUAGGGCUGACUCGCACCAGUGGCUAUGCAGCUGCUGGUGUGUGAUAGGUUUACAGUAGUGCCGAAACGCCAAUUGCGGCACACCACACUAUUUCCUUUUUUUAAAUGAACUUUAUUGAAAUGUCAUACAGUGAUAUUUCAUUAAGUUCUUUUGGUGGCAGCACACUGCUAUAUAGUGUAUUGCGUCAAACUACGCUGUGCUGAAAAAAAAAGUGCAUGCAGCACACACCAUCACAAUACAGUAGUGUGAACAUGUCUGGUAGGAGAUAAGGCAUUUUGCCUCGUCUUGCAGUGUGAAUGCACUGCAAUAGCCGCCUGAUGCAGUCCUACCAUACCUGGUGUGAAUGAGCACUAAAUCAGUAACAAACAACCCCCCCAAGAAAGAAAGGUUAAGGCCCCUUUCACACGGGAACCUCCAUCCUGUGGAUUCCGCUUGCUCAGCGGGGAAUCGAUCUGCUGAUCCCCACUGAGCAGGCGGAUGACCGGUUCUGUUUCUACAGGAAAACAAAACAUACCUAUUUUUAGUUGUUUUUAAGUAUUAUUUUUUAUCGUAAGCUUGUAAUUGUAUUAUGUUUUUCAGUUUUAGAAUAACGAAAGAUUUUCUUUAACUCAGGCAGCAGUAGCAGCAGUAGGUUGGUCAAAUAAAGCAUAAGGCUGCUUCAAGUGUCUGCUUUGACACAAGAAGAUUUGAUUCACUCAUUCACACAAAUUUAUAAGAAUUUUCAUAUACACAGUAUAUGUAAGUGAGUGAGUAACUUGUAUAGCGCAGCAAAUGCGAACUUAAUCGCCUCAAGGCGCUUGGAAUCUAGCGUCGUACCGGUCUUUCAGAAGAGGACUUCCUUUCCAUCUGAGCCCACCUUGGAAACUGAUGCUAAAACCUAAAUGAUCAAGAACAUUUUCCUUCUUGCAGUUGGGUCACCCAAACAAGUUAAAGAAAUUAAAGUAUUUUCAACAGAGAAAUGUAUCUUCGAUUACUGUUCUCGAGAAGCUAUUCUUCCAUACAAAAGAACGGGAAAGAAGAAAAUGUUCAUUGUCCAUUUCCUAAAUUUUCACAAAUUUGUUUUGAAAAAUGGCUUUACCAAGUCAAACAGAAUGGAACAGUAAAUACUACUUUAGCUGCAAGGCAGUGACUAGGAUUAUGGUGUCUCCACAGAGAACAUUCCAAAGUGGAUUGGACAUAAGCACAUUAAAGGACCUUCUAGAAAAUGUGAAAGUCCACUUUAGUUACGGCCCUUCAACCCUCUCCCCCAAAGUGACUUAAAAAAGCAUUAAAAUAGCGGAAGCACAUAUUUUCAGGAUUUCGAGCACCCAGCUCUUCCAUGAGGUGUGGUGACAUCGCUUGCACCUCCCAAAAGCGUAGUAAGCCGGGCCUGAGGUAUUUUUGUAUAAACUUUAUUUUU